CCAUAAUUGUAUUAGACAUGCGCGAACCCAUGUUUCACAUUUACUAAAAUAUCAUUAAAACUUUUAAGUAGCGCUCUCUUCACGUAAAACUUUCAUAGUGUACCAUUUGAUAAGCUUGCGCGUAUGUGUGUGUCUUUUAGAUCGAUACGAGAGGCAAAGGACAUCGAGUUUCAAGGUGAAUUACAUCAAGUAGCAUUGUUCAGGGCUUAAUAUGAAACUAAACUGGUUAAUUUUCAUGCAGGCUUUAUUUCUGAUUGGGCUGACUGUUAAUGUGAAGGCAACUUUAGAGAAAGAAAAAUGUGGGGUCUGCGACCCCACAGCCUGUCCAGUGCCAGUGGGAUGUAUGGCAGGUAUGGUGAAGGAUCACUGUGGUUGUUGUCAGGUGUGUGGUCUGACGGAAGGUGAACGAUGUGAUAACGAUACUCUUCCUCUUCCUUAUAAAAACACGUUUGGCUAUUGUGGGGAGAAACUGGAGUGUAGGUUGAGAACAGACUUGCCUCCUGUAGAUCCCCCGGAGGCUCUCUGUGUUUGUAUUAAUCAGGAACCCGUUUGUGGAAGCGAUGGUCAGACUUACAAAAAUGAAUGUCAAUUGAUUGAAGCAAGGCAUAAGUGGCAAGAUGGUCUCCAAGUCAGAUCAACAGGACCUUGUAAAUCCGCACCUCAUAUUGACUUCGCACCAGAAGACAUUCAUAACACGAUAGGAAGUUACGUAAUAUUCUCUUGUGAAGUUUCCGGUUGGCCAAUACCUACAAUCCACUGGCUAGUUGACAGACCAAAUGGGGUUCGGAAACUUCUACCAUCGGACGACUCCCACAUUGCUGUUCAAAGUCGAGGUGGUCCCAGCAACUACAAGGUAACAGGGUGGAUGCAAAUUUUGAAUCUAACUGAAGAUGAUGCUGCCACCUAUUGGUGCUUGGUUAAAAACGAAUAUGGGGAAGUUUCUGCGUCAGCAAGAGUUAUCGUUCUGGAUGCCCCGCAAAAAGGUGAUUCAUAUGAAGAAGAAGAAGAAGAACAAUCCAAUGAACAACUUUCAAAAACUUAGAUUCUAAGAGUGUAGCAUUGAAUCGAGGUUACAGACAACGUUUGAUACCACUAUGGCUGAGGUUACAGACAACGUUUCAUACCACUAUGGAUUUUGUCAUUUUAUAGUUCACUUAAUUCUGUUUUAAACUAAACUGUUUAAGAUGUGAGGUACACAAAAUACAUUUCUCAUACAUACAUAUAUAUAUAUAUAUGUGUGUGUGUGUGUGUGUGUGUUUGUGUUUGUAUAUCAAUGCAUCUCUUGUUGCUUGUGCAUAGUUUAUGUGGUUAUGCUUAGCAUUUGUUACGCGCUGAACUAUCUGAUACUUUUAAAAACUUUUUGAAAUCUAUAUAUUUUCCUGAUAAGUGUAUCGUUUGAAUGAAAUAUAAGAUUUAGCUUGUUUUAGAAACCUCGUAUUUGAAGUUAAUAAAAAUUUGAGAGGUUAAAAAA